AUCUCAACAGAUAUGACUGUAUCUCUGACUACAGAAUUCAUCUGAUAGACUGACUGAAAUGAUUUGUUCUUCUUACAGAACACACCUUGACGAUGGGAUGCUGUGCCACUAAAUGCUGUGUCACUAAAUGCUGUGCCACUAAAUGCUGUGCCACUACAUCCUACUCCAGAGAAACGCUUGAGUUUGCUGAUAAAUCCUCCUGCAGUGAAACACUUGUGUUUGCUGAUAAAAAAUAUGACUUCAGAAUUCCAGCUCUUCUUUACGUUAAAGAAUGGAAGACAUUCCUGGCAUUUGCAGAGAAGCGCACCUCUACCAACGAUGCAGACGCAACGAAUCUGAUGAUGAGUAAAGGCACGCGGCACAGCGGCUCACUGCAGUGGUCUCCCACCGAGGACUUGAUGAAGGCGGCCAAAGAUGGCUACCGCACCAUGAACCCCUGUCCAGUCUUUGAGAGGAUCUCAAAAACACUGUUUCUGUUCUUCAUCUGCAUCGAUAUUAACACUCCGGAAGGUAAGCUCAAGCCAGGCCAGACUCGUUUAUGCUACGUCACCAGCACAGACUGCGGGGAGACCUGGAGUGGUUUAACAGACUUAACGAGCAGUGUCAACUUUACCAAUUACCAAACCUUUGCUGUGGGACCGGGCCACGGGAUCCAACUGAGCAGCGGCCCACUGCUCGUGCCUGCCUAUGUGAAGGUGUACUCUGGUAAGAGUGUGAAGCCCCAUUCUGUGGUGCUGCGCAGCGAGGACCUGAACACCUGGAAGGCAGGCCAGCCCAUCGGCGUGGAGUCCGGGGAGUGCCAGCUGGCUGAGGUGUCUGACAGGGAGGGUAGGAGGCAGGUGUAUCUGAACGCUCGCAGCACCGGGAAGCUACGGGUAGAGGCACUGAGUGUCGACGGCGGGGAACGUUUUACCCUGCUUAACCAGCUAACGCUAAAGGAGAGGCCUCCCGGCUGCCAGGGGAGCGUGUUGGGGUUCCCUGCCAGGGAGCUUCCAGCAGGAGAAGGGGGAUCCUCAGAGACGGAGCUUCCAGCAGGAGGAGGGGGAUCCUCAGAGACGGCUCUGCUCUUCAGCCACCCGACAGGCCCGGACAGGCUGGACCUCGGGGUCUACCUGAGGAAGUCUCUCCAAGACCACGACUACUGGAGUAAACCCCUCAUCAUCCACCCAGGGCCCAGUGGAUACUCAGACCUCACCUGCUGUGAGGAGGAGGGUCACUUUGGUUGUCUGAUGGAGUGUGGCAAGGGGGAAGUGAGUAAACGUCUUCAGAUCGCCUUCAGAGAGUUCGAUCUCAAGUAA